UAGAUAGAGGAGGGCUCUUCGUUCGCUAUAGAGGUACAUCUGACUGCCAAUGGUAGCUCAGGAAAAUAUCAGUUAAACUAACAUUUUCUAUUGCGUUUUAAAAACCUGCGGCAGUCAAGUGUUGUGUUAUACUUUUAAUUGAUAUUAGCAGAUUGUGCUGUUUUACGCCUCACGUUCAAGGAGGUAUUUGUGUGUGGAUAUUCGGGUGACAUUUGGUUUGUUUUUACUCUACCAGCUUAAGAAUUCACUCCAAAAUGGCGGACAAACAGAAUGAAAGAAACACGAAAAAUGGAUCUGAGGACGCAGGGUGCGAUAGUACUUUGGAACUGCAUGAGGGUACCAAACUAAUGCUCGGGAGGAGCUUUGUGUUGACCCCUAAUGCUAUAGAGAAGAAGAAUCUAGCAGAGAAUCGCUGUGUGGAAGUUACAGUAAAGGAUGUGACCGACACCUCGGACAUUUUGGAGUACUUGCAGACUUCUGCCCAUGAGGGGACGGACCUGGGAAGUGACUACCAAGUUAUUAACCAAUAUACCGAUGUCAAGCAGAUACUAAAUCGUAACAUCGCAACAUCAUUUGUUGAAACCCCAGGUACUGGUACAACUAAUUAUGCUACCAUGUCCAGUGAGUUUGUAAACACUGUAUCGCCAGAAACUACCACAAUUAUUUAUGUGCAGCCGGACGGCAGUUUUGUAGAAGGCACCGGGUUAACUGCAGAGGAGCAGCAGCAACUGGUGGAACAACUGGAGAAGCAGCCGUUAUGUGCGAUAACAGAGAGCGAGGCUCGUCGUGUAUCUGAACGCCCCCCUGCUCGGAUCGCCCACUGUGGACGUUUGGCUCCAAAAGAGCUGCAACAAGUAAUACAACAAGUUAGCAGAUCACAGAAAUCUGCCAUGCACGUCGAGCAGCACAUCCUGCAGUCGGCCACACAGUGCAUGAAAGCAGCGGCGCCGGCCGCGGCCGAGCAGACUGCCACUUACUUUGCAAUCGAGCCCGCGUCUCUCUUCACGGCCGAAAGCCAGACUAAUGUUACAGUUCAGCCGCAGCAGCAACAGCAGUUGGCCAUCAUGCAGAACGCGUCCCAGCAGCUACAAAACGUCGCCAAGCAAGUGGCGCUCCAGCAGAGUCAGUCGCAAAACGGGACGCAACUGAGGAAGCUGGAACCCAUCCAAAUACAAGUCCAGGUGUCACCAACACAGGAAGGAAAGGAACGGUCCGUUGCACCAUUGGCAGUAUUCCAGCAAACACACAUGUCUGUAAAUCAGCUAAAUCACAAAGUGAAUGUCUCUUCAGGUGUAAAUGUCACCUGUCCCCAAAUCAUUCACAUUUCACCAGUAGUUGGGGAGCAGCAGUACAUCCUCCAUAAUGCAGGAGAUGCACCUAUUCAACUUCUCCUUCAGAGACCUGAACCAAUCACAGGAAGUGUUCUCCCUAUAUCUCAAACGAUACCUGUCCAGACCCCCAUCAAGGCUGUGGUAGCAGAUCCCCCUCAUUCCAAGAUGGCCUUGGAUCCUACCCUGGCAAAGAAGGAAAGACAAAGAGAGAAGAACAAUCAAAAAAGGCCACAGAAAAUUAAGACCCGAUCCGGCCGGGUGUCUAGACCUCCAAAGUAUAAAGUGAAGGACUACAAGUUUAUCAAGAGGGAGGAUCUAGCUGAUGGCCAUCAGUCUGACUCUGAUGACUAUUCUGAGAUAAGUGUGGAAGAAGAGGAAGAUGAUGAAGGAAAAGUCAGUGUGGCUAUGAAUAACUUUAACCUUAAUCCUAAAGCGUUCAAAUGUGAAACUUGUGAGAAAGCCUAUAUAGGAAAUGGAGGAUUGUCGAGACACUAUAGGCUAAAUCCUACUCAUAGAACAGCAGUUUCCUUUCAAGAGUCUGUAUCAGCCCCAAGGCAACAAAAUACAGUCUCCAAAAUAAGUUCUGGAGAUGAGCCCUCAAUGAUCCCAUCACUGAAAAACACAAACUCUGAGACCGUGCAUGUGCCAGCUACAGUUGGACAGAUGGUAGACACUGCGUUUCCAUCUACUGCUCAGGUUUCAAGUCCCGAAAAAGCCUUGGCACCUCAAAAUGAACAAAAGCCGGAAUCUAUAAAUCCUGAAAGAGCUCUUACAUGUACUGAGCAAAAAUUGUCUAGUGUACCUGGCAGACCGAAGGGCCCAGGAAGGCCCAGCCGACCAAAAAUUGCUGCACAUCGUACAAGAAGAGGCAGACCAGGUCGUCCCCCUAAACAUUUUGGAGGGACAAGUAUGGAACAAAAAACUCAAAGGAAUAAAACUCGACUGAAAGAGGUAUUGCAGCAGUGCAAUAAUGAAGAGCUUGUGGAGAUGGUACUUCCUCGCUUGGCUAAAGUGAUGACAGUAUGGGAGUUCCUGCUUAUGAAGGUGGAGAAAGGUUGCCCCUCUAAGCCUCAUUUUUCUGAUGUGUACCGGGAGUUUGAGCAACUGCACCGUCAAGUGAAGAAGAUGGCACAGGAUCACUUCGGUAUCCACAAUGAUCCCGGACCUCUGGCUGAUGUGGAACUAACUGAUCCUCAGGAAUUCAAGACUUUGCCCCCAGCUAAAAGAUUCAAAUUGGAAAAGGCUACUAUAGAAAGUAAUGGUGUCUGCCUGAAUGAGAACAUAAUUCCAGAUGUUGCUGUGGCUAAGCUGUCUGGAGCACCUGAAAAAGAUACAGACUUGACAAUGAAUGGAUUUCUGACUCCCACAUUAGAAGCAAAAGCAUCCGUUAUACAUAAUCACCUGGAGAUCAAGGAGGCAAAGACUGGAGAGAGACAAACAGUCACAGAAUCAAAAGAGAGCCAGCUGCAAGUCAUGGACCCCCAACAGGCCCAAAUGAUAGAGACACAGAUGGAAACUGAAACCCCCAAGCCUGAAGUGGUUUUCACUACCUUUGAGACAGACUUUACAGAAGAGGUCUUGGUUGAGGAACAUCUGCCCAGUACCACAGAGACUGAGAAUCUAUCAAGCAAGAUAAACAACUCAGGUGUAAAUACAAGCCCUCCACAACUCAUCUCAGUUGUAACUGACAAAGGCCAAAGUGGUCUUGACAUGGAGACCUCUGAGGUUUUGAAUGAGUCUGAUGUUGCAGAUCACAUGAGCCAUCUUGAGCAGACACUAAGCACAGAUGUCAUCCCUUUGGACCACUCGUACAGGAGUAAUGAUCAAGAACCUCAGCAACCUAUUGAGACUGUAAAUGGCCUGGAGCAGGACUGCAGCUUAGGAAGCAGCAUAUCUUUAGGAGGCACAGUGGAAUUCCAACUGGCAGAAGCAAGUCAGAAGGAUGAUCAUGAGCAAAUCCUUAUACAUACAGAAAAUGGCCUCAUUAUGCAGCACUCGGAAGGAAGCCUUGCCUCUGACCGUAUUGUUAUUGUCACUGACUCCAGUGGUACCACCAUGCAUAUCCGUGCCCCAAAGGAAGUACCAUUGGAGACGGUUCAAGCUUUGCUGGGCAUUGAAAAUGGCCAGACAGAAGACAUCCUAGUCCCUGAGACUCAUCAUUGACAUCUUGCUUAUAUAUCUGUACCCACAAUAUUGUUCUAAGAUUUUAUAUAUCUAGCAUUUUUUGUAAAUUUGUACAAUUUACUUUCAAAAUGUUUUUUUCAAUAUUAUCUGUAUAGCAUUCUGUAUGUCUGACAAAUGUAAAUGAAAAGGUGUUUCAAAGAAAUUUUAUUUUGGGGGAAAAAAUACCUGCGCUAUUUUACUACUUGAUUACAAAUGUUUUUCCCAACAUCAGUUACAUUUGUUGUCCCUUACACACUGAAAGGAAAUUGAACAUUUUACACAGGUUAAUAUACACAAUUUCUGACCACAUUACUUGGUAAAUGUAAACAAUAUUAGAAAAGUGUUAACCACUACCAAAGCAUACAUUUUCUUUAUUGUUGAUACAAAUCUUAGGAAAAAAACUCCUCCAACCAUUCCUCAAAGUAUGUUGUGGAAGUUCAUGUCAGCAUUCUGUGUCCUGUUUCCAGAAGCAAGCUCUCAAGCAAGACUUUAUUAAUGUCCUCUAUAUAGGGCUGAUAGAGCCAGGAUGAGAGAAAUACCAAAGAGAGAUUUGGGUCAGAUAUAUGAGCAAUUUCAUUAACAACUAUCUGCUUCAGGUUUAGUUCUUGCUUGUAAGCAUCAAAGAGCUUUGACGAUAUUUCAUCUGAAAAAGAAAUGAGAAAUUUAAAAUGUUUGCCCCACAGUCCAUUGAACUCAAUAGCAUUCAUACUGGGAUGGGUCACAUGAGUAUUAUUAGCAUGCAGAAAUCCUAAAUCCCAAAAGGCGAAGCAUGUGAAGAUAGGAAGGAAGGAUUUCUGUUUAUUAAAUUACAGUUUUAAGAAAUGGACCAAAUAUCACAAACCCUUGAGCUUUUAGUGUAUCUUCAGCAUAACUGUUUUCCAUUCUUAGCAUUAACCUUUAAUGAAUACUUUGGGUAACCAUUUAUACUAUAACAUUUAAAUAAGAUUAACCUAAUGCUAGAUCAGGGAAAAAAUGUAUGUGGAUUCUGUGCUCUAUUACCUGAUGACCUAAACACAACCAUACAUGUGUUUUGCAUAUAAAGUCAGCUGUAUUUAACACUGGCUUGGUAGCCCAGCCUCAUGGUCCACACUGCCUAGGUUUUGCUCUAGACCCCAUGACCCUGACCAGGAUACACAGAAGACAGAUGGAUGAGUUGUUUCUACCUACAGUCUUAAUUAAACCUUGUUUAAAUAAGGAGAAAACGUUCAACUAGUAGUCAACCUGAAUGAUGAAAUAUAUGCAUUCAUUGUAUGCCUGAUGACCAUACAUUUUCAUAGCCUUUUAUGGCGUAUGCCAUUUAUACAAAAAAUCGUUUGACCUAAUAAGGCUUAUGAUCUCGAACUACCAGCAGACGCAAUAAGCUAUCUACAGCCAUCGUAUAUGGCAACAAAAAAUACUUUUGAGAAAGAGGAAAAGUUUGCCUCAUUUAAUUUCAUACAUGCUCAUUUGCUAUUGUUGGAAACAUUGUACACUUCCGUUUUGGAGUAAUAAGCUUUCUUUGUUUCUGCUUCUGGAAUGGUGGAUCAUUGUCCAUUACUUGCACACAUAUACACUGUGCUUUUGGUUUCUACCCAAAAAGUUCACUACAAUAAAUGUUAAAGGUUUCCUGCAUGUUACUAUUCAAAUGUUGUGACCAUAUGACAAUGAAGGAAAAAAAAUCAGUUGUACACAUUGAGGCCAUAUAACAAUAUAAAUUCUACUUUGAUGUGGUCUUCAGUUCAUAUUCGUUAAUAAAACACUAUUCCAAUUGUGAAAUUAUUCCUCUCAAGUUAAUCAACAACAUAAUAUAAAAAUAAUCAACCUUCAAGCCAGGGGUGGCCAAUCUUAUCCAGAAAGGGCAACAGUGUUUUGGGUUUUCGCUGAAACUCCCGAAAUAUAUUACUAAUUAGAGGACUGAUUGGCUGAAGAGUCCUCACACCUGGGUUUCAACAGCUGACCUAAAGGUUAUCCCAAAAACAUACAUACACACUGGCCCUUUGUGCAUAAGAUUGACAACCCCUGCUUUAAGCCUUUCCAGAACCUUUGUAAUUUAAUGAUUUUUCUACCUAACAGAAUUGUAAGCUCUGGCUAGACAUUUUAAAAAGUGUUUUAUUUCUGUAAUGAUCUCUAUGGCAUAAACUUUGCUAUGAGUAGUGAUGAUUCAAGCAGCUACACACUACAGCCUAAUCACAUUUUAAAUGCAGUUCAGCAUCUGUCUGUGCAGUGGAUGGAUUCCAUCAGGAAACAGAACAGAGGGACCUGAUGCAAAUAUUUUUAACAGACUCAUUUGUACAAAUAUUAUGAUCCAGAUAGGUGAGAUCAAAGAACAUUGUGUCAGUCAUCAAAGACUUCAUCUGCACUUUUCAUAUAAUCAUGGAAUGUUUUGUUUCAUAUUGCUACUUGCUGAAAAAGAAUGCAUUGAUUGUUUUCACCUAAUGUAUACUAAUAUAGAGGAGUUUCACUUUGGUUUUCUUUGCCAUAUUUGUGUAAUCUGCUUUCCAGGAAAUUUUAAUGUUAUAUGACAUUUGUAUAUGACACAUUAUUUUAAAGAAUAAUUUUUAGUCGUUGUAUUGUUAGUAAUGUAUUAUAACUAUUACUUCUAUCUUAGGAAUGAAGAUGCAAUAUGGUAACAUACUGGAUUGACUCUUUUGGGAAUCGUUUUAUGCCCAAUGAUAUGUACAUUUCUGUUAGAGCUCAAAUGUUCACUUUGUAAAAAGUUCAUGCAUAUUGUUUUUAUUUAAACUUUUCACAACCCUGUUGUCACCAUUUAAUAAAGGUAUCAGUGCUUUGAUAAAAUGCCAAUACAAUAGGAGAGUGCACAGUUCUAUUAUCUAAAUUCACAAAAAAAAUGUGUCUGGCCCAACACUGAGACACUGCAAAACUACAGUGCUAUAGUAAACACCCCUCCCUGCAACAUAUUUUUUUCAUAUUUACUUAUGAAUGCAUGCACAAUCUCAGAAGAUCCUCCACAGGCUGUCUGAUAAUGAGAAUGCUGACUUUUGGUCAAACCAGAUUUACUUCAGCACUAUGUCUUCAUUGGUGCACUGUUAUAUACAGUGUUUCCAUAUUCUGGUUCAUAGUGUACUGUAGUUUUAGUGGAAUGCAUAGGUAGUGAUGCUGCUUUAGACAUAUUGUACACAUCAGUUAUGUGCUUAUUGAUGUUGUGUCAUUUCAUGCUCUUGUACGCAACGACCUCUGUCGUUUUGGAGAAAAUUUGCCAAAAGUAAAUAAAACGAUGAUGAUUUUACUUGA